UGCACUUCAAAAGUGAUGCCUAAUGUAUCUAGAGCAAAACAUUUGACACUUAAUAAAUUUUUUUCCUCAGUUUUUGAAAGAAAAACUCACACACUUAAUGAAAUUUUUGUCCCUCCAAAUCCAAAACCCAAUCUUAGCCUUCAUCUCGAUCCCCUUUCAGAAUCCUCCAAAGCUCACCAUCGAAGAAACACUCUCGCUACAGAAACCCUCUCACUCACCACUCACCGUCGCUUCUCUUCGCCCUCCUCCUCGUCGUUGCGCCGCCCUUACCAUCAUCAUCUCGUCGCUGCACCGUCCUUACCUUCGCCAACCCUGUCGUGCACAACUCUCACCUUCGCCAUUCUUACCAUCGCUGUUGACCGUCGCCACCCAGUAACCACUCACCGCCAGUCACCACUCACCGUUCACCAUCGUCGCUCAUCACCUUUGCCAUUGUCACCACUGCACAGACCAUCGCUCUUCUUCGCCGUUCUACACAAAUCAUCGCUGCGCCGCCCUCACCAUCGUCAUCUCCGUGCUUCUCAUCAUCGUCAUCUCCGUGUUGAUUAUGCCAAACUCACUAAGCUUCUCAAGAACCUUAUGGAAAAGGUUUCUACUAUGAAGAAUACAGAGCAGAUUUUAGAGCAACAUCCUCGGGUGAUAUCAUCUUUGGAUGCAUAUAUGGAUAAUGGAUUGCAAAAUUUAGAACUUCCUCUUAUCUGA